GGAAGCCUAAGAAAAAAAAUGCCAUCACUGUGAAUAAGAAAAGGAGGAAAACUAUCAAAUAAGGGAUUGUUGUGUGUUGGUGGAUCGGAAAAUUGGAGUAAUGGACAAGUUUUUAGGAGUCUCAGAAAUUGAUAAGGAAUCGGAGGUCCAGAAAGUUUCACCAGAACGGAAUGAGCCCAAGCGCAAAUGUGUAAAGUCCAUUGUUUGGAAUUAUUUCAAACGAUUAGAAAGUGGAUCAGCCAAAUGCCUCACCUGUGGGCAUGUUUACAAAUCCUGUGGAAACACUACAAACCUAUUCAAUCAUUUGAAGCGGGCUCAUCCGACUGUGCUCAUCGUUCCAAAAGUCGGAGCAACGAUUGCGGACUUUUUCGACACUAAUGCAUGGCUCAUCCCGGAAAUCUUCGCUGGACAAGGCUCUUAUUUCGAUGAUCGCUACAGACCUACAGCCUUUCAGGAUUGUGGAGGACGGAGGAUUCCGCAAUUUUGUCUACUGUCUCGACCCGCAAUACACUUUACCCAGCAGGAGGACAUUAAAUGAUGUCUUAUUGUCAAACAUGUAUGAUGAUAUGACCAAAAAACUUAAGGACAUUCUUAGUAAGGUAAGGCACUGCGCUGUGACCACAGAUGGAUGGACAUCAAGGGCCAAUGACCAUUAUUUAACGGUCACGUGCUAUUUUUUUAUGGAUGAUUUUGAAAUCAAAAGCGCAGUCUUGUCCACAAGCAAACUUCUUAACGAUUUGGAUCAAACGAGCGAAAACAUUGCUAUCUCCCUUCAUAAAGUUUUCUCAGAGUGGGGUGUGGCCAGCAACAUAUCUGCCAUUGUGACAGAUAAUGCAUCCUCCAUGAUCAAGGCCUGCUCAAUUUUAGGAAAACGUCACAUGCCUUGCUUUGCCCAUACCUUGAAUCUUAUCAUGCAGGAUACCUUACAGCUGGAAAAGAUAAAGCCUAUUAUUGCCAAAUGUAAGCGUAUCGUAGCUUUUUUUAAGAGCAGCUCAAAUGCUUACGCGAAAUUAAAGUCUGUCCAGGAAAGUCAUACCUCUUACGGUCUUACACAAGAAGUCCCGACUAGGUGGAAUAGCUGCUACAAAAUGGUGAGCAGGAUUCUGAAAAUAAAAGACUCCAUUUUUCGUGUGUUAUUGGACACAAAAAAAGAUCCUCCACCGCUAACAGCAGAAGAAGUUUCUGUUCUAUACGACCUUGAGCUAUUGUUUGAGCCGUUUGAUACUGCUACCAACAGGGUCUCAGGAAGCAGUUACAUAUGUGACAAUAUCGCUAAUAAUACCGUUAUCGGCUGAUCUCCACCAUCGUCUUAGCAACAUGAUUCCAUCUUUUAAGACUUUGGAUGGUGUCGAAACGUGCAAUUACAUAUUGCAAAAGAUAAACACUCGGCUGUUUCCGUACGAAAGCAGGACUGUGUCCAAAAUGGCAACCAUAUUAGAUCCCCGUUUUAAAAAGGAGGGCUUUCGAAGCACCGUCUCUGCUGAUUCCGCAAUUGAAGCUCUGAAGAACGAAAUUUCCAACCAUCCAACAAAUUUGAACCCAUACUACGAUUCACAAAACGAUCCACCAACACACGAGUCCCAGGGAAAAUCACCUAUAUUUUCAUUUAAGAAAACCAAAUUGGAAAAUAAAGUGAAGACACCGAAAUCUGAUGCCAUUUUUAUACUCCGACAAUAUUUGGAGAAACCGCACGCAACUCCAGAUAUAAAUCCGCUGGAAUUUUGGAAGAUUAACGCCACUGAAAUGGAAAACCUGUGCCCAGCGCUACCUAUGCAUACCUGCGUGCUCAACUGAGUCCGAGCGCAUAUUCAGUGGGGCUGGAUGCAUAGUGAGUGAUAGACGCGCCUCUCUCAAACCAAAAACGGUUGAUAAGCUAAUUUUUGCAAGCAAAAACCAAUGGCUAACUGAAAUUUAAAUGCUUUCCUUAUUUCGAAAAC